UUUAUGCAAAUCUCUGACAAAACCAAAUUGCAUAACUUUCUCUCCAAAAGCUCCUUUGUCCCACAUCAUUAUUUUCCCACUAAAGGCCAUGGUUGCCUCAGGCUGCCUAUAAUUUGAUAAAUCCACCAAAAGGCUCGCCACUCGGAGAGCUGCACUUUCUUCUCUUUUACUAGGAUUCGUUUCUUCAGCUCGUGGAAGGAUGGAGACAUUUGUGUUCUUAUUCUCAUUCACUGCUUUGGGCGUCCUUUAUGCCAUGAACGUCACCCCUGAGUUCCAAGAGCCUUACGUGAUCCUGGAGAUUGGUGUGGCGGUGCUGGUCGUAGUGUUCCUUUUCUAUUUCCUCAUCACCCGCGGCAACCCACCCAAAGACCUCUUGUUUUUCGUUUUUGCAGAGUUUUGCUUCACCUGUGUCAUUGACCUGGUCAGUGCCUUGGAGUAUGAUGGGAUAAUCUCCGGGUUCAUGGAGUUCUACCAGAAAACUGGUGAACCCUAUCUGGGAACGUCCUAUGCAAUUAUGAUGUGUUACUGGGACGGUAUUGCACACUUUAUCAUGUACUUGAUGAUGAUCAGCCGGAUAACAGACAGGAAGGCUUACCGCACCGUUGGCUUGUUCUGGGCUGGCUCUCUGUGUGCCAACAUGAGCGUGUUUAUUUCAGGCAUUGUGUCAGGAAAGUAUGGCACUGAGAUUCGUCCAGCAUUUUGGCUCAACUUCCUGUUUCUCUUGAUGCCCAUUUGGGGAGCGGUGUCUCUGUUCACUCGACCCCUGGACAGACCACUCAUUGGCGGAUAUAAUGCCCAGCAGGCACAGUCUAUGAAGCUGAUCUGGCGCCCCCAAGACCUCCUUCUAGUGGUGCUUCUGUUGGCAGCGAUUGCAUUUACCAUUCUACGGGGUUUGGUGGCUCUGGAUGCCCCUCUGGAAUUCUGCUCCAUUUACCUGCGGCAAUAUGAGCCCUACCUCAAGGACCCUGUGGGCUUCCCCAGAGUUAUGAUGCUGCAUCAGUUCUUCUAUGGGCUGCCUCUGCUGGGUGCGUUUCUUUACGGCCUGCUUAAGCCUGGCUGCACCUGGAUGUCAGACUGGACCUUAUUCUUCGCUGGAGCCAUGAUCCAGUGCCAGUGGGCUCAUAUUGGGGGGUCCCUCCACCCGCGCACUUCUGCUCCCUUCCGUAUCCCGAGUGAUGCUCUUUGCCUGGUCCUGACAGCUAAUGUGCUCUAUGCUCUCACUCCCAUCCUGGUGGCCUUGAGGGUGCGGAGUAACCCUUAUUUCUUCCUGAAGAUCGCCCCCUUCCCUGGACAGUCAGGUCUGCCCAACAGUGAAGAGAAAGACACCAAAUAUAAAGAGAAAUGAUAAAUAUAUUGUGAAGUUUCAAAAUAAAACAAAAUGA